AUGCUUGGGAAUAUCUGCAGCAGUAAUGAACACAUUCUUCAUGCCGAAUCCAAUAAAGGAACUCGUAAAGAGUAUAUAGUAUCGAACCCGACUUACAUAAAUGUGAAGGGGCAAUAUGGAAUAGAAGACCUCACGCGACAAGUUACAUCCGAGCAUCCCCAAGAAUCCGAUAUCCAGUUAUACUUCCACGUUCGGAAUGGAUCAGCUGAUGGCAUCAAAAUUUAUACGAAUGACAGCGAAGGAAUCCGAUCUGCAGGAUUUUCUAAAGAGAAGAACACUCUGAUUGUUAUCCACGGAUGGCAUGACCAAUACGAUUCACCAGUCAUCAGGACUGUCUCGAAGGCCGCCUUGGAGGUACAAGACUUCAAUGUUUUCGCCGUGGACUGGAGCAAGAUCGCCAGCAAGGAUUACGAUGUAGUAUUUCCGGUUGUUCCUGAAGUUGGAAGACUGCUUGGCAAACUCAUAAAAAGGCUCGUAGAUAAUAAUGGAUUGAAUUUAGCCAGGACGACUGUUGCUGGGCAUUCUUUGGGUUCCCAUGUUGCUGGUGCAGCUUGCGCUCAUCUUGGCAGUGAAUGUGAUGUUAUUAUAGGUAUGGAUCCAGCGGGUCCACAAUUUUCCUACGACAAAACAGAAAAUCGUCUGGACACCAGUGAUGCCAAAUUCGUUCAAGUCAUACACACCAACGCCGGAUUAUUGGGCUUUCCCCAAGCCAUAGGUCAUGCUGACUACUUCCUCAAUGGUGGAAGCGACCAACCCGGAUGCGAAUCUGAUACAACCGGAUGGUGCAGUCACAAUAGAGCCUUCUUUUACUAUGCUGAAUCCUUGACGACGGGUAAUUUCGUGGCUCUCAAGUGCGACAAUAACACUGAUUAUGAGAAUGGUCAACAUAAUAUAGAAGACGUCACACGAGAAGUUACAUCCGAGCAUCCUCAAGAAUCCGAUAUCCAGUUAUACUUCCACGUUCGGGAUGGAUCAGCUGAAGGCAUCGAAAUUUAUACGAAUGACAGCGAAGGGAUCCGAUCUGCAGGAUUUUCUGAAGAAAAGAACACUCUGAUCAUUAUCCACGGAUGGCAUGACCAAUACAAUUCACCAGUCAUCAGGACCGUCUCUAAGGCCGCCUUGGAGGUCCAAGACUUCAAUGUUUUCGCCGUGGACUGGAGCAAGAUCGCCAGCAAGGAUUUUGAGGUAGUAUUCCCGGUUGUUCCUGAAGUUGGGAGACUGCUUGGCAAACUCAUAAAGAGGCUCGUAGAUAAUAAUGGAUUGAGUCUAGCCAGGACGACUGUUGCUGGGCAUUCUUUGGGUUCCCAUGUUGCUGGUGCAGCUUGCGCCCAUGUUGGCAGUGAAUGUGAUGUAAUUAUAGGUAUGGAUCCAGCGGGUGCACAAUUUUUCUACGACAAUAUUGAAAAUCGUCUGAACACCAGUGACGCCAAAUUCGUCCAGGUUAUCCACACCAACGCCGGAUUAUUAGGCUUCUCACAAGCCAUUGGCCAUGCUGACUACUUCCUCAAUGGUGGAAGUGACCAACCUGGAUGCGAAUCAGAUACAUCGGGAUGGUGCAGCCACAAUAGAGCCUUCUUUUACUAUGCUGAAUCCUUGACGACUGGUGAUUUCGUGGCUCUCAAAUGCGACAAUAACACUGAUUAUGAGAACGGUAGAUGUAAUGGUCAGUCUAAGUCGUUUAUGGGCCAGUACCAGGUUGACAAGAGUGCAAGAGGAAAUUACUUCUUGAAGACGCAUAGUUCUCCACCAUAUGCAGUAGGCGAUAACAACUGAAAAUAUACAGAAUUAAUAAAUUUACUAUUUACAUGUGAAUCUGACGAUUCAUAAUAUUGUGAUCUUUAUACAUUACUGAUAUUAUCUUGACUAUUGACAUAUUGACAUUAUAUUUGUAUGUAUAAACUGUGGCAUUAUUAGUAUGAAUGUUUGUCCUCUGUUAGCCACCCUGUAUUUGAUGAACUUGUUAAUUCUUAGAUGAAUAGUGAAGAUUUUUAAUAAGGGAAUGACUGACAAGUCUUGUAUUUCAAGAAGACUAUUUAUUCAAUAACAAUCAAUGUCAAGGUAACAAAUCAUAUACAUAGUAUCCUAUUUUAAUAAUUCUCAACACUACCCCUUAAACUAGGAAUACAUAAUCACCCUGUAAUGAAUUAAUUCAACAUUUAAUCUCGUUGGAUACAACCUACAAAAUUGAUAUCAUAGCAAACCAAUAUGUUUCAUACAAUCAUUAUGUUUGGAUCCACACAAUGCUUUUGUCAUCAUAUCGGCCGGCAUCUGACUAGUUGACAUGUAUCUGAGACUUAUGUUGUUAUCUUCAAUACAUUGACGAAUAAAAUGAAACCGAAUGUCAAUAUGUUUAGUCCUGCUAUGAAAAACAGGAUUAGUUGACAAUUUUAUGGCACUCUGAUUAUCAUUAUAAAUGAUCAUUGGUUUAGAACAUUCUGUGAGUUCUCCUAGCAAAUUAAGCAAAUAUACUGCCUCUUUUGCACUUUCUGAUAGUGCAAUGUACUCAGAUUCGGUACUGGAUAAAGAUACUGAACGCUGUUUCUUACUACCCCAAGAAAUUGCAGCCCCAGCAAAAACAAAAACAAAUCCACUGAAUGAGCGCCUAUCUAUAGCAUUUCCACCCCAAUCAGCAUCAACAAAACCCAUAAGGCUAAUUCCAGUAGGCCUGAAUACCAAACUUUGAUCGAUAGUUCCCUUCAAGUAUUUUAGAAUCCUCUUUGCAUGCUUCCACAGUUCGAUUGAAUAGUUCGAAUUGAAUUGACUCAAUGAAUUCACUGCAAAAGAUAUAUCAGGUCGAGUACAUAUAGCUAAAUACAUAAGUGCACCAAUGAGACUCUGAUAUGGCACAUCCGGUAUAUCUCUAGUUUCAGGAAAACAUAGUUUCAAUUUCGAUUCCAUGGGUGUUUUCACAGGAUUACAGUCCAUCAUCUUGUAUCUGUCAAGGAUUUCUAAAAUGUAUUUCUUCUGAUUUAUCGAAAUAUUAUCUCCAUCUCUGAUGAUAUGGAUUCCUAAACAAUAUUUCGCAUCUCCUAGGUCUUGCAUAUCAAAAAUUGACAUCAAUUUCUUUUUGAUUCUUUGUUUUUCAUUAUCAUCGCUCGAGAAGAUCAAUAAGUCAUCAACAUAAAUAGCAAUCAUCAGACUAUAUUUCUCUGUCAUUUUAUGGUAAAUGCAACAUUCAUGAGCAGAUUGUUUGAAUCCUAGCCUGAUCAAUUCCUCAUGAAUUUUUCUAUUCCAUGAUCUGGCCGCUUGCUUGAGACCAUACAAGGCUUUGUGCAAUAAACACACCUUAUCCUGAUUAUCCUGGUCGAUGAAUUCUUCGGGUUGUCUCAUAUAUACCACUUCUUGUAAAUCACCAUUCAAGAAUGCAGUUUUCACAUCCAUGUGAUCAAUGGAGAGGUGUAAUUCAGCAGCAAUACCUAUCAGCAUUCGAAUUGUCUCUUUUCUAACAACUGGUGCAAAGGUUUCAUCAUAAUCGAUACCAUGAAUCUGUUUGAAACCUUUGGCAACCAAUCUCGCCUUGUAUCUACAAAUUUCACCAUUUGCAUCUCUUUUUACUUUGAAGACCCAUUUGCAUGGAAUAGGAGAUACAUCUACUGGCUUUUCAACAAGUGUCCAGACCUUAUUCUGUUGUAUUGAAUUAUAUUCUUCAGCCAUCGCAUCAAGCCAUUUGUGCUUGUCAGUUCUAGUCAGUGCUUCAUGAACUGUAGCUGGAUCAUCAUCAUGCAUGUUAUUUUCAGUUGUUCUGUAGACCAUAUAGCCUGGAAAUUCUCUAGUUUUCCUUUCUCGACGUGGAUACCUGCGUUCAACAUUUAUAUCGUCUACAAGGAUAUCACUAGGUUCAUCUCCUGCUCUAUUUACAUCAGUCCCAACAACUGAAGAAGACUCACCUUCAGAUAUGGAGUGCUCAGAAUCAGCAUUUCCUGAUAUUUCAAUCCUUUGUACAUCAGGAUCUGUUAGACGUUCUUGCACCGUUUCAUCCAGAAUCAGUACCUCAUUUUCGAGCGUAUUUGAUUCUACUUGUGGUAACUCAAAAAAUGACGAGUUUUCGAAAAAUAUAACAUCUUUAGAUCUGAUCAGUUUAUUAUCACUAUCUAAUAAUCUAUAGCAAUUGUCAUCUGUUGAGUCAUCACAAUAUCCCACGAACACAUGCUGUUCACUCUUAGCAUCCCAUUUUUUUCUUUUCUGCUUAGGAGUAUGCACCAUAACUUUACAACCAAAUACUCUUAGAUGCCGUAAGUUGGGUAUUUCUCCUGUCCAUAUUUCAAUGGGUGUCUUCCCCUGAGUGGAUGCAUGUGGACUUCGAUUCUUAAGGUAGACAGCAGUAUUGCAUGCUUCAGCCCAGAAACUUUUUGGACACCUUGUAUCUUGCAUCAUCGACCUUGCUUUUUCGCAAAUAGACCUAUUUGUCCUCUCUGCUAUUCCAUUUUGCUCUGGAGUGUAAGCCAUGGUGAUUUCAUGUUUGAUACCUUGUUCCUUAAGAAAAUCUUUCAUAACAUUGUUAACAUACUCACCGCCACCAUCUGAUCUCAGUAUCUUUACAGUUUUAUCAGUUUGAUUCUCUACUAAAGAUUUAUAUUCAAGAAAUUUUGUCAUAGUUUCAUUUUUUUGUUUGAGGAAAUACACAAAAAUAAACCUAGAAUGAUCAUCAAUCAAUGUUAGCAUGUAAACACACCCUCCCAAAGAUUUUUCUUCCAUAGGUCCGCAUAAAUCACUAUGGACUCUUCCUAAUAAUUCUUUUGCACGUUUCUUGUUGGCUUUUCCGGUUCUAACAAGUGGUGCCCUUGACUGUUUUCCUUCAACACAGGCAAUACAAGGGCUCAUGCACUUAUCAUUGAAAAAAUCAACACCAAGAACCAUACCUUUGAUUUGCUCCAUCCCUUUUUGACCCAAAUGACCUAGACGACGAUGCCAUAAGUCUUUUGAAACAAUUUUUUCAGGAUUUGUUGAUGCUGAUUGAUGUGAAGAAUGUGCUAUCAUAACAGAUUGUGUGAUAUUACCUGAUGGUUGAUUCAGUUUGUAAGUACCAUUGAAUUCAGAACCCGUAAUUCUUACUUGACCCUGUAUAUCACAAUCAUUUUCAUGAUACAUCAUACAACCUUUCCUAGAAAAAACAACAAUCAGUCCUUUAUCAACAAUUUUUGAAACUGAGAGUAAAUUUGCCGCCAAAUCUGGAAUAUAUGCUACAUUAGUGAUAGUUUUUUCGCCAUCACUCAGUACAACUUUAGCAUUUCCUAUACCUACUGAUUUUAAUACAGCAUCAUCUGCUACGACUACCUCAGAAACCUCAGGACGGAAGUUUGUCAACCAGUCUUGCCGAUUCGACAUGUGACAAGAAGCACAAGAAUCAAUAAACCAUCCAUGUUCUUUCGCUCCAUUAUCAGCCUUAUAUGCAGUAUACAAAGCUCUGAAGUCCCGUUUAUUCUCACAUUGCUUGAUGGCAGAGGAAGACGCUGCCUUUGUCGUAGAAUCAGGAAGUCUUGAAUUCUUCUCCUCUGGACAAUCACUCCGCUUGUGCCCUUUUUGAUUACACCGUGUACAUUUGAAAGGAAAAUUCGACUUCUUUCUUCCUGAAUUCGCCUUCUGAUAUCUCUGUUGAGUCUUGACUACAAAAGCAGUAUCAUUACUCUCACGUUCUUUAUUCCGCUGAUCUUCUGUUAAUAAUUUUCUCUUCACUAACUCGCUCGUGAUUUUCUGACCGCUACUCUCCAAUGCCAUGAUCAAUGGAUCGUACGAUAUAGGAAGCCCACUCAGCAUUAUAACUCCAAUAUAUUCAUCAUCUACAGGUGCAUUCAUAUCUGAUAAUCGCUGAGACAACAUUACGAUUUCAGAAACAUACGAUGACACAUCUUUGAAAUCAUGAAGUUUACAUGCCAUAAGCUGACGUUGAAGGCUGAGACGUCCGAUCAAACCAGAUGGUUCGAACAUCUUUUUGAGAUUUGUCCAGGCUUCUUUAGCAGUUUUCGUUCCAACCCAGUGUACAUAGAGUUGUGGUUCUACCAUCAAACCUAUUUUUCCUCUGACUUUUUGGUCUACAUUAGCGUCGAAAUCUUCUACUGAACCAGCAGCAUAUCGAAAAAGAUCAUCGGCAGAUAAAUAUAGCUCCAUGGCAAAUUUCCAAGUUUUAUAAUUCUCACUGCCUUUCAACUUGUCAAAGGACGGUAAAGUCGAAGAACUAGCCAUGACGUCAAAUUUCAACACUCGGUAUAUAAAUGUUUAUCACAAGAGGAACUUUCAGAUAAAUACCUUCAAAAUCUUCUCACAAGUUGUUCCAGACGACUUUAUGAACGUUCUGGGCCCAUGACCUGAUGAACUUGUUAAUUCUUAGAUGAAUAGUGAAGAUUUUUAAUAAGGGAAUGACUGACAAGUCUUGUAUUUCAAGAAGACUAUUUAUUCAAUAACAAUCAAUGUCAAGGUA